AUGAUGCAGGGCCAUCGCGAGGCGCUCACCCCGGUCUUCAUGGACUUGGUCGACGACGCCAUCAUCGAGAUCGUCUUAUGGGCCCAGAUCAUCUGGUGGAAGGAUACUUUCGCCGCCCAUGCUCCUUAUUCUGGGGUCAGUCGAUACGGCGUUACCGAACCCUCCUCAGGUUCUCCCGAGCAACAAACCCGGCCGCCGCUCUGCUGCAGAGGCACGAAUUGGGAACACAUGCGGCCCGUCUGCAUCAAAGACAUAGGAAACACCCGUUAUUCUCUGCAAAGUCCGGCUCGCCGCCUGAUCCAAGUCAACAAGCGCCUGCGGACUCUGCUCUGCGCGGAUAACUCUGCGAUUUGGAAGCUGGAUAACACCCUACAUACGAAGGUCUUGAACCCCCGUGGUGGACGCGCGCCCUCGACUCAGGAGGGAGCUCAAGUCGAUCAUGGCGGCGUUGGCGUUGGCGAUGGGGCUUUACUGGCCGUGCACGUUUGCUCCUGUUUGAUCCCAGCGAUAGCUCCCUUCUUCUCCCGACUUCAAAAGGUGAAGAUUGCGCUGCCUUGGUGCGACCUCGGAUCGAAUCGCGCGAACGUUGAACAAUUCAUCACGAAAAGGCGUGGUCAGAACGGCAGCCGCCUAUUGCACGUCGAUGUCCAGAUCUACAGCGCCCAUGCUUUCCGCCACCCCUCGUGCGCGGACUGGGUGAUGAUCGCCGUCAAGAGCGAAGGCCUCGAAGUCAGCCGUUUUGCUGGUGGCCUCACCUUCUAUUAUUCCGACACGCUUGUUUCCCUCUACCUGUAUCAAAGCUACGCUCGAAAGGUCGUUUUUCGCUCAACGUUGUCCCGGGCACUGAAGGCUUGCGCGAACACCCUCAAAUACUUGACGAUUGACGCCGGCGGCGCGUCGUUCGAGUCCCUAAAACACGUUCACCUCGCGCACCUGCGGUAUCUUCGAUUGGUGGCUCCUGAAUAUGCUGGGAGUGACUUUCUGCGUUCCCUCAGCCUGCCAGAUACCUUAGAUGUGCACCUCGAACCUGUAGUGCAAUGGAGACAUUUGUUCAGAUCUGUCGACCAAGCGGAGGCUACAUUCGAAAUCCCCUUCGAAAUCGUGGAGCUUGAGGCCGAGAAAUCUGACGCUUGCGAGUUCUCGCAAUACGCCGUCGCCCUGGCCGCGCCUAGUCAGAGCCGCGCCAUCUUUCAAUCGAUGCCGUUUUCUCCUUUUCCUCCGCAAGCGACGUGGAACUCGCUGCAUGCUGCUGGGUUGGACAUCCGCUUGGAUCCCCUGAUUUCGCCAGACGAGCGGGUAGCGGGAUACUUCCCGGAAUUCGUGGGGGUCGCCUUCGCUCGCAGCGCCGAAGAGUUGCAGGCAAUCAUCAAAGAUCCUGUCGGGCGGGACUGGCAAAAUAGCGAGCCGCCCGACCACAAGUCCCAUGCGCGUAGAUCUCUCGUCGCCCGGGACGGGCAAUUUCUCGGCGAUGAGCGGGGAUUGGCUCAAAACUCUGCGUACCCCAAAGCGCUAUACGACGUUGCGCGCUAUGUGAUCCGUACGGCUCUGGCGGCAACUGAGCGCACAGCGUUCCAACUGCAAGAGCUCCACUUCGCCCCCGGCUCCUGGCUCCCCGACAGGGCGUUGGGGUAUGCGCAUAUCAUGGCGAGCUUCAAGACGUUGCGGUUGGUCAGGUUCUGGAGCCCCCCUCUAGGAGCAGAUGUUCCAUACAAGCAGAACAUGGAAGGAUGUCUGGCCGGUGAUCACCUUGCGGCCUUCGCUCUCUAUCUCAAUACUCCCCAGGAAGGCCACGAGUAUCCUUGCGCCCUGCUCGAGCGGGUGAUUGUGCCGGUGAUGAGAGGACUCGUGAGCUCUAGCUUGGGUGGCCGAGAUUGGGAGGAACUCAUCAAUUCCACUGAGCGUCUAGCUGCCGGUAUGCCGCGAGUUCGCAUCGCAUUUGUAGAGGGAGAAGCAUGUACAUAG